UUAGAUACGACAUAUCAAAAUUCUUAGCAAACAAAAAAAACAGAGCAGCAUAUUCCAUUAACAAAAACUGGUAACGAUACGAGGAAAGGCAACGCAAUCAAUGAUUGAUUGGCGGAUGAAGAGAAGAAAACGAGCAUCAGCUUAAAAAACAAAGAAGAGAGAGAGAUUCAGCCUUCAAAUGGGUUUCUCCGAAGACAAUCUAAAAGGGUUCAUUCUGGCUUUGAUGUCAAGUCUAUUUAUUGGUGCCAGUUUCAUUAUAAAAAAGAAAGGCCUUAGAAGAGCUGCAGCAGCUUCUGGUGUCAGGGCUGGUAUUGGUGGGUUCUCAUAUCUCUUAGAGCCACUAUGGUGGUUGGGCAUGAUCACGAUGAUUAUUGGAGAGGUUGCAAACUUUGUUGCGUACGCAUUUGCUCCAGCAGUUCUCGUUACCCCUCUUGGUGCAUUGAGUAUCAUUGUCAGCGCUGUGUUGGCGCAGUUUAUCUUGAAUGAGAAGCUGCACCAGCUAGGGAUCUUGGGUUGUGUGAUGUGCAUUGCUGGUUCUGUUGUAAUCGUAAUCCAUGCACCACAGGAGCACCCUAUAACGUCUGUUCAGGAGAUAUGUAGUAUGGCAACUCAACCAGCUUUUUUGCUUUACGUGGCCUCAGUGAUUGUGUUGGUUUUCAUUCUGAUCUUCCAUUUUGCUCCACAAUGCGGGCACUCGAAUGUGUUAGUGUUCACCGGCAUCUGUUCAUUGAUGGGUUCACUUUCGGUGAUGAGUGUUAAGGCCCUUGGAACUGCACUUAAAUUAACAUUUGAAGGAAACAACCAAUUGCUCUACCCAGAGACAUGGUUCUUUGUGUUUAUUGUGGCCACAUGUGUCAUCACGCAAAUGAAUUAUCUAAACAAGGCGCUUGAUACAUUCAAUACUGCAGUUGUAUCCCCCAUUUAUUAUGUCAUGUUCACGUCACUUACGAUUCUUGCCAGUGUAAUCAUGUUCAAGGAUUGGGAUGGCCAGAGUGUGGGAAACAUUAUAUCAGAAAUAUGUGGCUUCAUUGUUGUUCUCUCAGGGACCAUCCUACUACACACAACCAAAGACUUCGAAAGAAGUUCAUCCUUUAGAGGCAGCUAUGCAUCUUUAUCCCCUGCAUUAUCUGCCCGACUCUGCAGUGGAAAUGGAGAAUUUAUGAAGCAUGACGAGGAAAACCAGUUGCCUGCUGAAGCCGUUUGCUUACAGAGACAAGAAAUGCACUAGAUUUGCUCCACGAAAAAAUCUCUUAUGCUUCAUGUUAUUUCAUAUGAUGCAUGAUCCAUAUCUCGAGUUCUUUGGCAGCAUUGCUGUGAGAUGGUUUUGUUACCGCGGAGUUUGUGGUUACAUCCAAACAGAAAGCGAACAAAUUUACUUUGAGUAGGUUGUUUUGUGGCCCUCAGAAAUCCUUGAGAAUUCAUCUUUUUCAUUUUUUUUCCUGCAAAGUUACGGAAGAAAUCAUUCGAUAGCCUUGGAGUAGUACGUCUUCAUUCUCAUGUGUGAUCUACAAGUGCAUUACACUUGGAUGUGAGAUGAGGAAACACUGAAUCGGAGUGUUCUACACAUUCAUUUGUUGGGUUAUGGAAUGGUCGUUGAUGCGUAAUUUGUUGAUACUUGUACAGCGUGUUUGAGAUUGCUGGUGUAAAGGGUGGCUCAUUCAACUUCUUUAGUUGUCAAAGGCAGUGCAAAGAGAGUGAUCAGAAGACCCAGAAACCUCUUUCUGUGAAGAAAGGUUUAAAGGGAGUCUAUGCCCUGCAAUUGAUUUAUUGGAAACUUGAGCUCUGAGGUAGUUCCUUUUGUUAUUUUACCUUGUCCCAUAGGUUUCAUUCUUUGAGAACAGGCAGAAUAAGAUAUUCUUGUAGUAUAAUAUCUGUUCAUCAAUUACUUGUAGGCUUGUAGAUUGAUUGAUUGAUUUUUUCAGAGAAUUGAGCAAAGAGUGAGAUGUGUAUCCUUCACAUUUCAGCAAGGCAAGAAUUUGUGAAAACGAAAUGUUGAACGUGA